AUGUUGUUUCUUGUUUGGCUACUAUCUCUCUUAUGGAUGGAAACGGGAUGUGACAUGGAGUUUUAUUUAAGCAGUCAUUUGCAAUAUGAUUGUUUACACUUUUAUUCAAUGUCUUCAGUAACACCAAUAAAGAAUGAAUAUUGCAUUCGUCCAGUUGAUGAUAUUGAUAUGGUGUUCACAAGAGAUUUAGUGAACAUGCAUGACAAUAAUUAUACAUUCGAUAAAUUAAGCAACAUGAAUGUUACUGCACAUGAUGUAUUUUUCUGGUCUAUAUCAAUUAAUGUGGCUGAAAAAUACCAACAUUAUCUUGCUGAAAAGGAUAAAUCUCAAUUAUCCAAUGAAAUCUUUUUCAACUGUACAACUUCAUGGUUUGGACCUCGAUGUCAAUAUUCAUUUGAUAUUCCUGAGACAUAUCCAUUGAUCAAUGUUGAUUCAAGUUAUACUCUUACGGAUUCCACAUGUUAUGUUUUAUUGGAAUGUGAUCGUGGUGGAUUGUUUCUUUGUUUAGAUUGGCGUGAGAUAUGUGAUGGUCGGAUUGAUUGUGUGAACAAUGGUGUUGACGAGUCAAAUUGUUUCGAUUUGGAAAUGAAUGAAUGUGAAUCAGAUGAAUAUCGAUGUCACAAUGGACUGUGCAUUCCAGAUUAUUAUUGGAAGUUUGAGCAUCACAGUUUUGAGUGUCUCGAUCGAUCUGAUUUCUCGCGUAGUAUACCCUGUCCUGUUCUUGAUUUGUCGUUGGGCUUA